UUUCAGGCCUUCAGAAAAUUCCUGCCCUUGUUUGACCGAGUGCUGGUGGAGCGCUUUACCGCAGAGACGGUAACGAAGGGGGGCAUCAUGCUGCCGGAGAAGUCUCAAGGCAAAGUGCUGCAGGCCACAGUGGUGGCAGUCGGACCCGGCUCUGUCAACCAGAAAGGGAACUUGCAGCCGGUCAGUGUGAAGGUCGGAGAGAAAGUCCUCCUGCCAGAGUACGGUGGAACUAAAGUCAGUCUGGACGACAAGGAAUAUUUCCUGUUCCGUGACGGAGAUAUCCUCGGUAAAUACGUCGAUUGAGUCGUCAUAGUUUUGUCGCUGUAGAUCAUGUCCAGUCCCUGUCAUCAUCCCCGGAGAGAAGAAAUUAAGUUGCCUCUUUCAUGUCUGUUUUUCUUUUCUUUUUUCUAUAUUAUUGCAAUUGUAAAUAAUUCUAAUCACAUUUUGUUACAAUAAUAAAGGUGAACUGUC